GAGAGGAAAGAGAAGGGGGCGGUGGGCAGGUUGCGGAGGUGACAGUGAGGAGAAAAGUGACAGUCAGAAGAGAGAUUUCUGGUUAUGGGAUAAUUUAAUUUCCUAUUUAUCAAGUCGCGCUUCGGUGACAGUUCUUGACAGACUACCGCUCUGACGGCGUUCUGCUGUCUCAGUGACACUGAGAGAGGGGUAGUGAUGGGGUCUGCGUCGUCGGUGUACAGAGUUAUCUACCUGGACGUCGAUGGCAGAAUUCAGAAGGUGGUGUUCAGCCGAUUCUGCAGCCCCUGUGACAUAAAGGAGCUCUUUUGCACAGCCCUGGGGCUGCCCAGGAACACCAACAUCUCCCUGUUGGAUGUGAAUGGAGCCAUGGUGUCCAUUGACCCCACAAUGCCACGCAACUCUGAAAGGUCACCAUACAGGGUGGUGCCUCUGACCGGGGGACCGCUUGCAGAUAAAGAGGAACUCUUUCAGAAUGUACUGAGCCAGGUGGCUGAGCAGUUCUCCAGGGCAUUCAAAAUAAAUGAACUGAAGACUGAAGUCACAAACCGCUUGGCCAUGCUGGAAAAAAGAGUGGAGUUGGAGGGCUUGAAGGUCGUGGAGAUUGAGAAGUGUCGCAACGACAUUAAGAAGCUCCGUGAAGAGAUGGCCUCCAGAAACAACAGUAGUUUCCUGGAUGAUAAUAAGAAAUUGAUGCCACGCAGAGAUGUCCCUUCUUACACAAAGUGUGUCUGUCCGUCUGCGUGCCUCUGUCCGUCUGCAUGUCUAUGUCAUCUGUCUCAGGAGGUAGUGGAGACUCUGAAAAAGCCCAUCUUCAAUGUGUGGCAGUGUGAGCAUCAUGAGAUGCUGAGUUGCUUAGAACAUAUGUACCAUGACCUGGGCUUGGUGAAGGACUUCAAUAUCAACCCCAUCACCCUGAAGAGGUGGCUGCUCUGUAUCCACGACAACUACAGGAACAACCCCUUUCACAACUUCCGCCACUGCUUCUGUGUCACACAGAUGAUGUACAGCAUGAUAUACCUCUGCAGUCUGCAAGAGAAGUUCACUCAGGUGGACAUCCUGAUCCUGAUGACCGCUGCCGUGUGCCAUGAUCUGGACCACCCCGGUUACAAUAACACGUACCAGAUUAAUGCGAGGACAGAGUUGGCGGUGCGCUACAACGAUAUCUCUCCGCUGGAGAACCAUCACUGUGCUGUGGCCUUCCAGAUCUUCUCCCAGCCCGAAUGCAACAUCUUCUCCAACUUCGACCCCGAGGCCUUCAAACAGAUACGCCAGGGAACGAUAACGCUGAUCCUGGCCACAGACAUGGCCCGACACGGUGAGAUUCUCGACUCCUUCAGACAGAAGGUGGACAGCUUUGACUUCACCAAUGAGGAGCACGUCACCUGUCUGAAGAUGGUGCUGAUUAAGUGCUGUGACAUUUCUAACGAGGUGCGGCCCAUGGAGGUGGCCGAGCCCUGGGUGGACUGCCUGCUGGAGGAGUACUUCAUGCAGAGCGACAGGGAGAAGUUAGAGGGGCUCCCAGUUGCCCCUUUCAUGGACAGAGAGAAAGUCACCAAACCCACCGCCCAGAUCGGCUUCAUCAAGUUCGUCCUCAUCCCCAUGUUUGAGACUGUCAUGAAGCUGUUCCCCCAGAUUGAGGAGGUGAUGGUUCAGCCCCUGAGGGAGUCUCGGGACCGCUACGAGGAGCUGAAACAGAUUGACGACGCCAUGAAUGAGGUGCAGAAAAAGAAAAAUGAGAAUUUAACCGUGGGGGGGAAGAAGAAGUAAUGGCAUUAGAGGGGUGGAGACACCGGCAGGGGGAGGGGACGGACCCAGACAUGCUGAACGACAAUCUGAAAACCAUGAUCAGGGAACCUGAAAUUGUACAGCACAAAGAACUUCACUCAACAACAGUCUGCUUUUAUCAUUUGGGCCUUUUUGUUUGUUUGUUCGUUUUCUUCAUUUUUAAAGUAUCAUUUUAUACAGGAUGUACAGAUUUUUAGUCACUUUUUGUUCUUUGCUACAAAUAAAUAAGUUUACCAUAAUAA